UGUCUAUAUCGAAAUUACAACAAAGUUGAAGUACGAAUGUAAAUAAAGCAUCUUGAGCAGUUGUUGAAAACUUUUAAGGUUACUUUAUUGAUGGGCUGCUCAUAUGAAAUAUGUUUGUGAUAUGCCUGUUUUACAGAGACAUUAAAACUGAGCGUUCAGGCCAAGGAUAGCACAAUGAGUGAUGUCGAUAGUUUAGAUGAUUAUUCACUAGAUCCUGAUAAUAUAACACGGUUUGUGAUAUUAGCAAACGACAAUGCCGAGAAUCAGGACAUGGAAUUAAUAGAAGAAGAAUUACCAACCGAUGAUGCAGAUGACAUCAUAGAUUAUAUUGAAGAUGAUGAGGAAGAUAUGCCGGGAAUUGAGUACCAUGUAGCUAACGAAUAUCAAGAUAAUGCCUUUAGUGGGUCAUUAAUGGAUAAUUUAAUAAUGGUUCAAAACGACGAUAUCAUAGAAGACACAAGGCAUUUUAAGGAAGAAAAUAUUAGUAAUGAAAAUUCAGAAGACACCAUUCAAUUUGUUAAUGGUGAAAAUGACAAUAGCAGACAAGCUGAUUUAUUUACAUGCAGUAGUUGUAAUAUAAGUUUCUCAAAUGUUGUUCAGCAUAUUCAUGACUAUCAUCAGGAGCAGCAAGUAAUGGUUGAGAUGUGCGAAGAAGAUAUUACAAAUGGAGGAACAGAAGAAGCGGAAGAACUAAUAGACCCAGAAAAUUUAGAUGAUUUAAUUCAGUAUGAUGAGCAUAUUAUUCCUGAUGAAACGGAAGAAAAUGGUGGUAAUUUAGUGUCACCAAAAAAUAAAACAUGGAAGAUGCCACAAAUAUUAAACACCCUCAAAGAGGAGGAAUGUACAGAUAAAGAUGGCAGGCUUUAUACACGAAAGGUUGUUCAGAUAGAGAAGUUUUGGGAUAAAUCUCUUGAGAAGCAAAUAGAAGACAAGAGAAAUGAAGCUCGUAUAGCAUUACCAAUAUUUUAUUCAUGUGUUGAAACAGAAAAUGGAACUACUAUAAUGCCAGACACAGAUUUGUCAGAAAUAAAUAUAAAAGUAGAACCUGGUACAGAAAUACGAAAAAUGUAUCGAUGCAGUGUGUGCUUUCUUCAAUUCAAGACUUUAGUUGAAUUUAAAUCACACACAUGCAAGAAUGACACUCACAAAUGUACCACAUGUAAUUUAUUUUUUCGAACGCAAUGCUUGCUUAAUGCUCAUAUGAAGAUUCAUAAAUCAAAUAAAGCAGAAGCUACAGUGAAAUCUGGUGGACCUUAUAUGUGCUUCGAAUGUGAUACAGUCUUUCCGAGCAAUAAAAGUUUAAGAUUACAUCGGAGAAUGCAUGGUCCAAUUAAACAAAAACAUAUAGAACAAUUUUAUGGACCUGCAGGACCAGAAGCAAUGGAUGAUCUAGCCGAAGGUGAACCACCAGAGCCCCGGGAACAAUUUGAAUGUCAGAUUUGUAACAAAUGGUACGAUAAGGCAUUUGAAAAGAUCCAUAUGGGUGUACAUAGUGGUGAAUUACAAUAUAAUUGCCACAUAUGCAACAGGAAAUUCUUCACUGAAAGUAAUCUAUCAAUGCACAUGAGGGUUCACAAUAUUGAGAAGCCCCAAGCAAAGAAACAAAGAGGUGAUUUGCCUUACAUGUGUGGGUUUUGUGAUCGCCAAUUUGCUCGACCUCAUGAAAAAGUGAAACAUGAACGAAUUCAUACAGGAGAGAAGCCUCAUGAAUGUGAAAUAUGCGGCAAGAAAUUUAGAGUAUCCUACUGUCUUACUUUGCAUAUGAGGACACACACUGGUGCAAGACCUUAUGAAUGUCAACAUUGUCAUAAACGGUUCAAAGCCCAUAGUGUUUUCAAUCAUCAUUUGAUGACACAUUCAGAAGUUCGGGCUUAUAAGUGUCCAUACUGCCCAAAAGCUUUCAAAACGGCAGUGCAAUUGGCUGGGCACAAGAACUCGCAUACUAAGCCUUUUGCCUGCACAGAAUGCAAUAGGCCAUUUGCAUCUUUAUAUGCAGUUAGAGCUCACAUGGAAAUUCAUAAGAAGCAGAAUAGCUUGAAAUAUAAAUGUUCUAUCUGUGGUGCGAGUUAUGCUCGUGGGUUUGCUCUCAGAGAUCAUAUGAAAGAGCAGCAUCAAAGCACAGUGGUCACCGAAGAUGAUGGAGUUGUUAUUGAUGAGACUUUACUGAAUUCACAUUUGUUACCAGAGGGUGAUACUAUAGAGAUUCCAAUAGAAGACUACCACUAUGAUAGCAAUGAUAUUCCAACGGAAACCUACAUAAAGAUAGAAGGUCCUAUAGAGUAUCAAGAAGUACAAUUGUGACAAUCUCACAAAGGUAAACCCGUCAAAAAUUAUUGAUAAGUUUAACAUAGUAUUAAGUUUGAACAUUACUCAGAAAAAUAGGAUUUUUCAUUCUAAAUUAGAUUCAAUUUGAAAAUGUUAGGGUUAUUGAGUAUCUCUCGUCACAUAUUUCUCAUUUGGAAAAAACAUACUUGCAUACACCUAAAUUAAUUGUUCGAAAUGUGCACAAAUGCAGCAAAGUAUUCAAGUAUUUUUUUCUCUUUAAGAAGGUGAAUGAUAUAUGCACAUAUUAUAUUUUACUACUAAUUUAUUGAUAGAAAAUAUACAAUGUACUAAGCUAGAGUUAAGAUUAAGUUUUGAAUAGUCCAAAUGCACUUAUUUAAU